CGUGGUUCUCAUGUUUACGGGCCGCUUGUUGCCGGAUCAGUAGUUCCCCCGUUGCGAAUGCCUGCAGAUUGAUUAGGGAAAAUCACGAAAAGUCUAUAGACGACCUGCAAUAUGUUCCUGGUCAUCGGCGCCAUCCUGGCCAGCGGCCUCUUCGUGGGCCUGCUGCUCUACCAGCUGAAGUUCAAGCGGCUGAUCAACCUGAUUAGCUACAUGCCGGGUCCUCCGGCGCUGCCACUGGUGGGCCAUGGCCACCACUUCAUCGGCCUGCCGCCGCACGAGAUGGUCCAGAAGAUAUUCGAGUUCAUGGAGAAGUACUCCAAGGACCAGGUGCUCAAGGUCUGGCUGGGGCCGGAGCUGAAUGUCCUGAUGGCCAAUCCCAAGGACGUGGAGGUGGUCCUGGGCACCCUGCGGUUCAAUGACAAGGCCGGCGAGUACAAGGCCCUGGAGCCGUGGCUCAAGGAGGGUCUGCUGGUCAGCCGUGGUCGCAAAUGGCACAAGCGACGCAAGAUCAUCACGCCCGCCUUCCACUUCAAGAUCCUCGAUCAGUUCGUCGAGGUCUUCGAGAAGGGAUCCCGUGAUCUGCUGCGGAACAUGGAAAGGGAUCGUCUGAGGAGCGGAGACGCUGGGUUCAGUCUCUACGAUUGGAUCAAUCUGUGCACUAUGGACACGAUCUGCGAAACCGCCAUGGGUGUGUCCAUCAAUGCCCAAUCGAAUGCCGAUUCCGAGUAUGUUCAGGCGGUAAAAACCAUAUCGAUGGUGCUGCACAAGCGCAUGUUCAACAUCCUCUACCGCUUCGACCUCACCUACAUGCUGACCCCUUUGGCGCGGGCCGAGAAGAAGGCGCUGGAUGUGCUGCACCAGUUCACCGAGAAGAUCAUUGUGCAGCGAAGGGAGGAGAUUAUCCGUGGAGGAAAUGGAGGAGAUCAAGGCAGUACAGGCAGCACCGAGGAUGCCGAUGUGGGCGCCAAGCGGAAGAUGGCCUUCCUGGACAUCCUGCUGCAGUCGACGAUCGACGAGCGGCCGCUGAGCAAUCUGGAUAUCCGCGAGGAGGUCGACACCUUCAUGUUCGAGGGCCACGACACGACCUCCUCGGCGCUGAUGUUCCUGUUCUACAACAUAGCCACGCAUCCGGAGGCGCAGAGGCGGUGCUUCGAGGAGAUCCGAUCGGUAAUGGGCGAGGACAGGAGCACUCCAGUGACCUACGAGCUGCUGAACCGGCUGCACUACGUCGAUCUGUGCGUGAAGGAGACGCUGCGGAUGUAUCCCUCGGUGCCGCUGCUGGGUCGCAAGGUGCUCGAGGAUUGCGAGAUAAAUGGAAAACUGAUACCGGCGGGCACCAAUAUCGGCAUUUCGCCACUUUACCUCGGCAGACGCGAGGAGCUCUUCAGCGAGCCCAAUAGCUUCAAGCCGGAGCGCUUCGAUGUGGUCACCACCGCCGAGAAGCUCAAUCCCUAUGCCUACAUACCCUUCUCGGCCGGACCGCGCAACUGCAUUGGCCAGAAGUUCGCCAUGUUGGAGAUCAAGGCCAUCGCGGCCAAUGUUUUGCGGCACUACGAGGUUGACUUUGUGGGCGAUACCUCCCAGCCGCCCGUCCUCAUUGCCGAGCUCAUUCUGCGCACCAAGGACCCACUGAUGUUCAAGGUGCGGGAGCGAGUCUACUGAACUUGUAAAUAAUAUAAAGUGAAUUUAUUAGAUCAAAAACCCGCCAUUUUUAAAUCCAUUUUUGAAAAUUUUAA